UCAAUCUGUUUUGCACACGAUUUGGAAAUAGGAAGAAGCCAAAUUCAAUCCUGCUCGCAGGGGUACUCAGAAGCCAAAUUCAAUUUGCAUCGCUAGUUAUUGAAUAUUUUUUUGGCGGGUGGUGUUUACACUGCACAAUGGCAUUCCCAACAAACGAGGUUUCGGCUACCACUAAUGAUGUUGACACUGUUUUGUACGAAAUAUGUGAAGUGCUCAAAGCCCAGGAAGACAGAUAUGAUGGUGUGGUUGUUGACAUUGGGAAUAUGCAAAACGAUGCUACUCGUUUUGCAGCUUCGCUCAGGGCAUCACUUUCUCAUUGGGCACGCCAGGGAAAGAAGGGGGUGUGGAUUAAAGUGCCCAAGGGCCAGGCGAAGCUAGUCCCCGUUGCGAUUGAGGUCGGUUUUUCAUAA